AUGCCUCGCAUUCUUCCACGUCUUAUUGACAAAAUCUCGCAGCAGGCUCAACACCAAAAGAAUUUCCCGUUUUACGGGCCUCCACGACGCCCAAAGUCACUUCACCGCCCCCUUCCUCCUCGCCCGUCUUUCAACCCUGCACAUCACCCUCGGUCUAUUCUUUUAGACACGGGUCCAGACAACCCAAUCACCAGUUCUCAAAGCUAUCUUUACCAUAAAACUCUACCUCCUCGUGUUUUUAUUCCUCAGAAUGCCAACACAAGACAAGGAGAAACAGAUUCACCACGGACCAUGACAGCGGAGGAACGUCGUUGGUGGGCGAAUCCAUAUCUCCGAAUCCUCUCCUCGCCCAUGCGAUAUUGUUUUGAUACAGACCACCAUUUCCCCGCAGAUACCCUGAUACGUUUAGCGCUAGUGCAACUUCCGCCCACUCGCAUGUCAAAGUCGCAAACACGAAUAACCAUCGUUCCAGAUGGUGUACUCCACCCCAAAUUUGCUCCUCGCAGAUCCGGCAGGGCAAGCUACAUUAUUUGCUCCCGGGAAGCCAUCUCUCAGACGGUCAAAUCUGGCAGCUAUAAACGCGCUCUACGGGGAGCCCAAAUUUUCAUGAACCCACGUCUAGCAGAUCAGAUCGCUCAUUUGUUGCGUCUACGCGUCCUGCAGGAGCUGGAAUUACUUGCAGAUCGGUUACAUUGUGGAACCGGAAGCCGUUCUGACGCUGGAACAUCUCAAACGAUAAUCCGGAAGCUGACACGCUCGGAGUGGAAUGACCUGAAAUCAAGUGGUAGUGUACCCUACGAUGACGCGCUCGCUAUUCUGGUUGUCCCUCCGCUGAACAAGCAUCGCGUAACGAAGGAACGUCCCGAACCUUCUAUGUCUGCGAUGCCUCCAGAGGAGGAAAAUGUGUCCUUCUCCAAGCCCUUACCACCCUUGUCGGAGAUGCUGUACUCACCCCUUGACCUCAGUCCUCCCGCAAGUGUGCUUCCGAACUUACUGCCCAAACUAGGUAUACCUCUUUACAAUGGAUUGACGGCGUUCCCGAACCGUUCGCAGCGUGCAGCACUUUUCGCGCUACUCACUCGCCUAUUGGGUUAUGAAAGAAAGAUGCGUUAUCUCGCUGGCGUUCGUCCAGCUGGAGAACAAUCAAAAGCUAGCCACGCCUUCUUGCUACGCUCAAACGCAGAUAGCAGUAAGAGAGGGGAUGCCGCUGCUGUUGCCAUUGCCUUAUGGCGACUGCGCAUGUUUGAAGGAACUUGCAAUGUAUCGUAG